GGUUCGUCCUUUUUGUCCUUGACGUACAGUAGGAUCAGCUGCUUGUAGUGUUCUCAUCAGGAGAAUUGCUGCGAUCUCUUAUUGUAAAAUUCACUGCGCAUAAUGACCACCUACUUCAACUACCCUUCACCCGCCCUGCAAGAGGAGCUGUCCAAGAUCGCGAAUGCGAUUGUAGCACCAGGAAAGGGCAUUCUUGCUGCUGAUGAGUCUACAGCUACCAUUGGCAAGCGAUUUGCUGACAUAGGCAUCGACAACACGGAUGAGAACCGUCGCCUGUACAGACAGCUCCUGUUUACUUCAGACAAAGUGGUGGCAGAGAACAUCUCUGGUGUGAUUCUGUUCCACGAGACCUUGUACCAGAAAGCUGAUGAUGGAACACCAUUUGUAGAACUGCUGAAGCAAAGAGGAAUCAUCCCUGGCAUCAAAGUUGAUAAGGGUGUUGUUCCUCUUUUUGGUUCAGAGGAUGAGGGCACCACACAGGGACUGGAUGACCUUGCCCAGCGUUGUGCACAGUACAAGAAGGAUGGCUGUCACUUUGCCAAGUGGCGUUGUGUGCUCAAGAUCAAGCGUAACACUCCAUCAUAUCAGGCCAUUUUGGAGAAUGCCAAUGUUCUGGCUCGCUAUGCUUCCAUCUGCCAAGCAAACCGCAUUGUGCCCAUCGUAGAACCUGAGGUCUUGCCCGAUGGAGAUCAUGACCUGGAUCGUGCACAGAAAGUCACAGAAACUGUUCUGGCUGCGGUUUACAAGGCCCUAAAUGACCAUCAUGUAUUCCUGGAAGGCACACUGUUAAAACCAAACAUGGUGACUGCUGGCCAGUCAUGUACCACGAAGUACACUCCCAAUGACAUAGCAGCUGCCACAGUGACGGCCCUGAACAGGACUGUCCCAGCUGCUGUGGCAGGCAUAACAUUCUUGUCUGGUGGACAGUCUGAGGAGGAAGCAUCUGUCAACUUAGAUGCUAUCAACAAGUACAAAGGCAAGAAACCGUGGCCUCUCACCUUCAGCUAUGGACGUGCCUUGCAGGCAUCAGUUCUGCGAGCAUGGGGAGGGAAGCCAGAGAACGUUAAUGCUGCACAGAAUGAGCUAAUAAAGAGAGCCAAGGCUAAUGGGUUGGCUGCCAAAGGUCAAUACCAGGCAGGCAGUGUACUGGGCCAAGCCGCAGACCAGGGGCUCUUCAUCAAAGAUCACAACUAUUAAGGUGUGGUCCACAGAUUUAGUCUGAUGACACAAACAAUCCUCUCUAGCAUCACCAGGAAUUUACCAACCAAGAAAACAUAAGCUGGCUUCAAACCUUUAAUAAAAGUACCACAUUAUAUUGUUAACUGCAGUAUGUUUCAAAGAAGUGCAAGAAUUAUCAAGAGCAGCAAAGGGGCAUAAAUUUUAUCAGUUUUAACACUAAACAAGACAGAUAAAGAGUAAAAAAGUAAGUGAGUAAGAUUUUAAAUUUGUUUUAAAUAAGCUGUAUAACUGUGGUUUCCAAACUGUGGUUUUACUUAAUUGUUGGCAUAUUUUUAUUGCUCACAGUCUUCAGAACUGCUCAGAUAUGUUUCAGAAUAUUCAGAAUUAAUCAACUUGGAACAAAUUAAUCAGACUAACCAAGUCAUCUCUCCUGGUUAAAAUUUUAAUUAAAUUCUUCAUAUGUAAGAUAUUUUUAUCUCAGGUUGUAGUGAACUUCCUGAGGAAAACUGAGACCUGUACCUCCCAAAGAUUGCCACCAAGAAAGAUUCAGGGAAGCAGUGUAUUGUCAAAACCAAGAGGCCAAGUGUAUGCAAUAUAUGACAAACAUUGUUUAAUAUAUCAGUGAUUGCAUAGUUAAGCCACAGUUUAGGAAACUUGUAUUCCAGAACUAAGAGAAUUAUAACAUUCAAGGAAAACAGUUUUUUUUUCUUUUUUAGAUUAUUAUAAUUAAGUAAUGAAUUCAAUGUUGAAAUAAGUCCAGUUUUAGCUUAAAUGUAGUCAUUUGGUCUUAAACCAAAUGAUCCUACAAUUUGUGAUUUGCUGUUGUGAUCAAUUAAGAUAAGAAAAAAAACAUUAGUGAGACACAUGUUGUAAUUACUAUAAAAACAAAUGUAACUAGAUUCCAGAUCUGUAAGUCACUUUUUCCUUCUUGUUGUUUAACUGUUAAAAAUGAAGAAUGGGAAACAGAAAUGCAGAAUCUUAAAAAAUUAUUAUGUGUAUAUGUAUAUAUAUUUCUUCAUUUAGUGUUUUCUGUACGUACCCCCACUUAAUGCUUAAUCAAAUACUGAUAAAAAUUAAGUGUAUAAAAUCAGAUUAUAUCCAUGUAAAGUCACCAAUUGUAAACACUGUGUGGAGGAAGUAAUAAAACCAUCAUUAUCAACACCAGUAAUGUGUACAAAGUGAGA